GGGGCUCCCGGAGCCAGCAGCGGGAAGGGAGCCUGGUGACUCUCAUCUCGCCUGGGGGCCCAGGAGGCCCAGCCAUGCCGCUCCUGAAGGAUGCCAUGCCGCUCAUGAAGGAGCCCCACCCCCCACUUCAGGCCCCACUUCCCUGGGUCCUCCCAAGCUUAUUUGCCGCUUUCAAUGUGGUGCUGCUGGUCAUUUUCAGUGGCCUCUUCUUCGCAUUUCCUUGCAGGUGGCUGGCCCAGAACGGGGAAUGGGCCUUUCCCGUCAUCACAGGCCUCCUCUUUAUCCUCACCUUCUUCAGUCUCAUUUCACUCAACUUCUCAGACCCAGGCAUCUUGCAUCAAGGAUCCAAUGAACAGGGCCCCCUGAUGGUACAUGUGAUAUGGGUGAACCACAGGGCCUUCCGCCUGCAGUGGUGCCAAAAGUGCUGCUUCCACCGCCCACCCCGGACCUACCACUGUCCCUGGUGCAACAUCUGUGUGGAGGACUUUGACCACCACUGCAAGUGGGUCAAUAACUGCAUCGGUCACCGCAACUUCCGCUUCUUCAUGCUGCUUGUCCUGUCCUUAUGCCUCUACUCGGGUGCCAUGCUGGUCAGCUGCCUGAUCUUUCUGGUGCGCACGACCCACCUGUCCUUCUCCAUGGACAAGGCCAUCGCCAUCUUGGUUGCUGUACCCGCCGCCGGCUUCCUGGUGCCCCUCUUCCUGUUGCUGCUGAUCCAGGCCAUGUCGGUGAGCGCGGCGGAGCGCUCCUACGAGGGCAAGUGCCGAUACCUGCAGGGAUACAACCCCUUUGACCACGGCUGUGCCAGCAACUGGUAUUUAACAAUUUGUGCACCGCUGGGACCCAAGUAUAUGGCCGAAGCUGUCUGGCUGCAGAGAGUGGUGGGGUCUGACUGGGUGCCCUUACAGACCCCGCGCUUCCCGACGUGCCCCUCGGUGCUCAGUACCCCCACCUUCCCUGGGCCUGGGUCUGGCCCCCAGCCCCAACCUCUGGGUCUCGACAAGCCAGGGAAGGGUCCCCCAGGGAGUGGUGAGGCUGCAGUCCUCCAGGAGCUCCACGCCAGCCCAGUGCUGCCCCGGCUGCGGGAGCCCCCCAGACGAGGCUCGGUCUACUUCUUGCCCUUUCGCCCCGGGAGAUGCCAGGAGUCCCUGCACCCGAACCUCACCUCUUGAGCCUCUCGUGAAGACCCUGUGCCCUGCCGCCUGCCCUUGCCCACUCCCCUGGAGGGAGUAUUGAGACCGCAAGCGCAUUAAACACCCUUUGCCUACCUUUUACAGCUGCCUGCUGCACUGUCUGUCCUAGGUUCGAGGGAGUGUGAAGGGGGCGGGCUCUGAAGGGCUGGGACAAAGCCCCCCAGAGGGUCCAGCACUGACUGGCUCUGCGACCUUGGGCAAGACACUCAACAUUGCUGUCAUCCUUCAAAUGGGGCAACCAUAGCAGCCACAGAAAAGGCUGAAGAUGAUGGAAGAGAAAACGCAGUGAUGCAGGAGUGUCCGCCCAAGUCCCAGCCUCUGCCCUGCUGCACCCCAGUCUGACUGCAGGGGGCGCCCGUCGCCUGGGAAUUCGCCAAGCUGGACCUGAUUCAGCCGGCACGCUGGAGCCGACCGUGAGGGCUGGGGUUGGCCCUCCGGCUAGGAGUGGGCCCUCCCCCUGCCUCAUCCCGGGAGGUAAAGGGGUCAGAGGGUUCUCUGUUACCCUCAGGAUGGGCACUGACCACACUGCUUCCUACCACCCGUGUAUCCCGGUGAAGGGGGUGUGGUGAAGGCGCAAGGGAAUGGUUGGAUGAGCACUCCAGGGACGCGUGAAGGGGACACGGGUUGGAUCCUUGGUUCAGGAAGAUCCUACAUGCCGAGGGGCAACUAAGCCCAUGAGCCCCAGCUACUGAAGACCACACGCCUAGAGCCUGGGCUCUGCAGCAGAAGCCACCACAAUGAGAAGCCCGCACACCGCACCGGAGAACAGCCCCUGUCAGAAAGCCACCGACCGGCAGGAGGCAGAGCAACCAAAACCCAGCCCCGUCAAAAAUAAUAAAUAAAUAAAAACUUUAAA